AUGCAUCUCAAUCAACUUGUCCUCGCUGGUCUUGCCCUCUGUGGCUCAACUUUAGCUUCUCCGACGCCCGCCAAACGGGCGGACGACAAGGUGGGAUAUCUCUCUGUCUACUGGACAACGGACGAUGAGAGUGUCUACUUUGCCUUGAGCGACAACGAUGACCCUCUCGGCUUUGCCGCGAUUAACAGCGGUAACGCUGUUGUUUCCCCAACGCUGGGUACCAAGGCUGUUCGCGACACGAGUAUUAUUGCAGGACAGGGCGAUGAUGCUGGAAAAUACUGGAUUAUUGGGACGGACCUCAACAUCGGCGAAACAACCUGGGACGCCGCCGUCCGCACUGGGUCGCGCGCGAUCUAUGUAUGGGAGAGCACAGACCUGAUCAACUGGAGCGAGAACACUCUGGUGACGGUUGAGGAUAGCACCGCCGGAAUGGUAUGGGCGCCAGAUGCCAUCUGGGAUCCGGAACAAGGACAAUACUUCGUUCACUGGGCCUCGCGAUUCUAUGCCGCCGACGACACCGAGCACACGGGCGACGCAACCACAGGCAACGUUCUGCGCUACGCCUACACCAGUGACUUCAAGACCUUCAGCGAGCCAAAGGAUUAUAUCGUGGGUACUACCGACGUGAUCGACCUGUGCCUCAUCCAGCUGGAUAGCAACACCCUUCUGCGCUCAUAUGUCAACAGCAGCGCGGAUGGCUUGCCCGUGGAGAUCAGCACGAACGGGCUUCUCGGUGACUGGUCGCUUCUUGGUUCCAUCGCCGACAGUGCCAGCUACGAAGCUCCCUAUUUCUUUGCCGAUAAUACCGGUGGCAGUAAGGGAUAUUUGACGGCGGAUCUUGUUGGUAGCUCUCCCGGUAUUUCGGGUUGGGCGUCGGACGAUCUGAGCUCUGGUGUUCUUACCAAGGAUACUUCUCAUGAUCUGACCUUUAUGAGACACGAUUCUGUGCUUGCCGUCACGCAAAGUCAGUAUGACGCGUUGAAGGCACUGUAA